AAGUCAAGUAAAAAGAAGUUAAGUAAAAAUUUAAUAUUUAUCAAACUAUUUUUGUUUUAAAUUAACCAUCUGUCGUGAAUUUAUGAUAUAAUUAUGACUAUUAACGGGUUAUAGAUUUUCAUAAGGACAGGGACAAAGGUUCGGUUUUAUAAAAAAAAUGUUGAUGGAUGACAUAUCGAAUGGAGAGGAAAAUGCAUUCUUUCCAAAUUUUACAGCAAGCAUGCCUUCGAAAAUGGUGCGGAUGAUUGCUAAUGACGGCGUAACAAUACUUGCUCAACGCGACGUCCUCACUACCAACAGCAAUAUUUUCGCUGAAAUUCUAGUUGACAACACGGACAUUCUUGUAGACGCUGAUAGGAAAACUUUGUUCCAGCUAUUGCGAUUCCUUUAUUGCGGUCGAGUUACAAACUUGCAUUUACUUGCUGAAAAGCUAGCAAGUUUGGCUUACUUCUACAAGUUGACCAAUUUGAAGAAAAUCUGCGAGUGUUCGCUUACCGAAAGACUGAUGUGGAAUAACGUCGUCUACAAUCUAGUGUUUUCUUAUAAUUACGACAUGAAGGUUUUGGGGAGAAAGUGCAGAUGCAUGAUCAGAGAAGCCAGAGUAAUCUUCAUCGAUCCAAAGCUUUAUCUUAAUCUUUGGGGAAUGGUUGAAAGAAACGCCAAAAACUUGGUUUGCAUGUAUAUUGUCGCUGAAAUUCCAGAAAAAUGCAAAGAUUUGAUGGUAACGGAGUUAACGCCAACGAACGUUAUCGAUAUGAUGUUGUUUGCCAAUUAUUGUAAAAUAAACGGGCUUAAGAUACAAUGUAGAAUAUUUAUUGAGAACUCUGAGAAGGUGUAUCUUAAAUCGACAUACUUUCUCGCCAUGUGGCAGUUAAUCGAUGAUAGACAAACAAUUGAUUAACUCAGUGUGAUUUUUUACAUUAAGUAAUACACUCUUAUUUAAUUAGAUCAAACUGUUUAUAUUGUAAUAACUCUGUGAUGUUCUAAUUUAUUGACGAUUAUUUAUGGCCACAUACGUUACAAUGUAUUUGUUUAUUUAUCUGUUUAAUUAAUCUAAUUAUACAAUAUUCAAGAUAUUUACGCUAUUUUUUUAUUAAAAGUAUAAAAAAUGUCAAUUGAUUGACGCAUAUAAUGAUUGUAAAGACUAUAUGGAAUAUGUAUCUAGAAAUGUGAAACGUGAAGUAAAGCAUUUUUUAUUAAUCGGCGAGAACUAAAGUUCUUAUUAUGAUCCAUGUAUUCCAUUGUAGCGUUAUCAUAAAAGUAUUCGUAUUAACAUUUUUUUAUCUGUAUUGUAUAGUUUAUUAUAAAUUUUUAUCUAAGAUUUGUCCACUAAAAAUAAUUAUAAUUAUUAUUGACAGAUUCAUU